AUGUUUCAGUUCAAGUUUGCAUGCAUCACUUAUCACCGGUCUAGACCGUUCUUUGUGACGUCGAUGGAUACGGUAGACUCCUUGGAGCAGUCAUCUUCACUUGCACAAAGCUCUACUUCCACUGGGCUACUUUGAACAGGCCCGAAGACGAUUCGAUAGUUGUUCCUCUUAUCAGACUGCCCAUUGAGUGCAACGGAAGAUCAGCUGAAGAUGUCGAGAAAGAAAAGGACCGAAUCCGAGAGAAGAUCCUUGGAGUUAGCAACGAGGAUCUGUUCAAGAACGAGGAGAAUUGGGAGCUUUUGGAGACACUUGGUGGUGAUUUGAUGAUCAAUGCUUUUGCUUGCAACUUUAGGAUCAAUGGCGAGCCCAACACCGACAUCGGAGAAGCCAACUACCUUAACCAACGCAUCUUCAAGCGACUCUCCUACACAAUUGAAGAUGACAAGACACCUAUCUCUGAUCGGCCUCUGUUUCUGACCUCAUCGUCAUUCAGUGAGAAGGCUUACGGGAAGUGUCUAACUGACUUCAAGCGGCGCCUUGAACUCUCUAACGAACAACAUCCUGCUCACGGAGAUUUGGCAUUCUUGGUCAAUGUCACGAUGAGUCCUUGGCCUACAGACUCACCAUUCCUUGAGAGCUUUGUGACUUCUUUCAGAAAGAUCUCAGAGGAAGAGGUUCAGCACGUCCUGGCUUGCAACAUCGAGAAGCCAGACUUCCACGGUUUCGUCAUGCAAUGCCACGACAAGAUCUACCUCGUCCACAUUCCCAUGUUCAACAUGGCCGCUCACCACUGGCAAGUCAUCAUCACCGCCGAACUACCCGGCGAGGUCAAGGAACUCUACCAAAAGCUUCAAAAAGAAAACCCGGACAAGUUCUACACUCUCGCCAACUUUGAGCCUGAGAAACUCGGUAAUCUGUUGGAGUCAACUGGCGAUGUUGAGUUCUGCAUGGAUGAUGGUAUUCCAGCUGAUGGUGCUGAACCUCUUGCCAAGUUCAAGCUUCCUAAGAUUGAGGUUGUGGUCAAGCGAUCCAUGUCUUAUGAUGACUUGGACAAGAAAUAUCAAGAUAGAAUGGCUUUCUACCUUUAUGGUAGCAAUGCUGAAGCUAAUAUCGACCACGUCUUGAGGACUUCGCCUAAUGCUCAACUCAGCGGAGACCGUGUCAAGCUCAAUCUGGAGCCGGCGUUGAGCGAUGAACAGCUUGGUAAGGGUGUCGUCGCUGUGCUGGAAGAUGUCUUUGAGAACUCAAUCCAGCCGCUGCCUCAAGAGGAGAACGAAGAGGGAACAUUGGUUGUCAAGACUGAUGCACCUGGACUGUCCCUUGUUCCGGAUCAUGAGCAUAGGGUCUCGGUGUAUAACAACUACGAUGACUUCCUUGGAGGAACUAAACCCAUCGCAAGUUGUGACUUGAGUCUCACAUCAAAGAUCAUUGCUGAUUGGGGAAUGGUCAACAUGGAUUGAAGAUCACAAAGGUAAU